ACAGAAAACCACUGAGCGAACAGCCGGGACUAGAGCCAAGCCCAAGCAUGGAGAUGGUUCUGGUGAGCGCGGCGACGGGUGCACUGAAACCUGUCCUAGAGAAGUUGUUUGCCCUCAUGGGUGACGAGUACAAGCGUUUUAAGGGUGUGCGUGGUGAGAUUCAGUUCCUCAUGGAUGAGCUCACCGCCAUGCAUGCCUUUCUCCUCAAGAUGUCUGAGGAGGAGGAACCUGAUGAGCAAGAUAAAGUGUGGAUGACUGCGGUGCGGGAGCUCUCCUAUGACAUGGAGGACUCGAUCGAUGACUUCAUGCAAGGUGUUGGCAACAAAGAUUCAAAGCCAGAUGGCUUCAUAGAGAAGAUCAAGAACUCACUUGGGAAGUUAGGGAAGAUGAAGGCUCGUCGUAGGAUUGGUAACGAGAUCCAUGAUCUGAAAAAACAGAUCAUUGAUGUCGCCGAGAGGAAUGAAAGGUACAAGACCCGGCAGGCCAUCUCCAACAUAAAAAAUGAAGUUGUUGACCCUAGAGCUCUUGUUAUCUUUGAGCAUGCCUCAAAGCUCAUCGGAAUGGAUAGACCAAAGGCUGAUCUAGCCAAACUGUUGAAUAAGAAAAAUGGAUGGGUGUCAUCGAAGGAGGAAGAGCCGCUGAAAAUAGUUUCCAUUGUUGGAUCUGGAGGAUUGGGCAAGACAACUCUUGCAAAUCAAGUGUAUCAAGAGCACAAAGAGGAAUUCCAGUGUUGUGCUUUCCUAUCCGUGUCACGGAGGCCAGACAUGAUGAACAUCCUCAGAAAUAUUCUUAGUCAAGUCAGCAAUCAAUGUUACGAUGACACCAAAGCAGGGAGCAUACAACAAGUCAUCAGCAACAUCACAGAAUUCCUUGCGGACAAAAGUAUUAAUCUUAUUACAAUCGCAUGUUUAGAUUUUUAA